AUGGUGUCGAAGAGAUGGCUGGCGGCACUCUUUGCCGCGGCUCAAUUCUCACCGGCUUGUAGCGCCGACGACGCUGGCGUAUUGGAUGUUCCUUCGGUCGCCAACUACCUAAGACGAGUCUUUGCUCGAUCUUCCGUCAUCGGCGACUGGGCUUAUUUUGACGGAGGAGAGGUAUCUCAGCACAUUGGCAACGGGAAGAACACCUCGAGGCCGUCCUCGCCACUGUCAAGCACCCUCUCCAUCGACCUCUCCAAGUCCUGGAAGCCUGCCGACGUGGAGAUCAAGCAGACCCAAAAGGGCGCCCCGAAGAUGAAUAGGCAGGCAGUAUUCACCGACACCUCGUCGAACUCGUUCUACAUUUGGGGAGGAGCCACGUCGUACGCCGCCGAUCCGCCUUCCCCGCGCCUCUGGAAGUUCAGCGCCGACGGCAGCGGGGGCGGCUCGUGGAGCACCGAGAUCAAGCCCGGCCACGACUUCUUCACCCAGCUCACCCGCUCACAGGGCGCCGCCUACGUCAGCACUCCCGACUCGGGUUUCUACUUUGGCGGCUUCUCCGGCGACUAUGCCGACCCGAACCCUAAGGGCCCCGUGCCUGGAUUCUUGCAGUUUAACUACACGGCGACGGACCAGGCGUGGACAAACCACACAGAGGCCCCCUACUCAACCUCUGGCAAUGUGGUCGGGGCCAGCGCGCAUUACGUCCCCGGUUAUGGGUCCAACGGUCUCGUCAUGAUGUUUGGCGGGAGGUCCCACAUUAUCGGAGACGGGCAGAGCAACAGUAACGUGGGCUGGCUUGGUUUCGACACAAUCUACAUCAUGGACCCCUUGACCAAGGUGUGGUAUUCCCAAAAGACCAGCGGGAAUGCUCCCGGCGCGCGCAUGUGGCACUGCACAGUCGGCGCCGUGAGCCAGAACAACACUUAUGAGAUUUUUGUGUUCGGCGGCAGCAACCUAGCGAACUCACAGACCUACGACGAGGUCUACGUCCUCUCGCUCCCCGGGUUCGUCUGGAUGAAGGCGGACUACACGCCCAGUUCGCCGCGGGAUUGCAUGUCGUGCGUCGUCGCUGGUCAGCGCCAGAUGGUCACCUUUGGAGGCAUUGACCGGAUGCGUUGGAACGACAACUCGACAAACUUCUUCCGCGAUCCGGACCCGUUUCCCCAGGGAGUGGGCAUCUUCGACCUGACGGAUUUGAAGUGGAAGGACGAGUACAACGCCGAUGCUUCUAGCUACGAUUCACCGGGGGCCAUCAAGGCCUGGUAUAACGAAGGAAACUUGGCGAGUGUCCAGUACUCUGAAGGGGUCGAAGGGCUCAUGAAGUCCGGCACCUCCGGUUCCCGCUUCUUCUCCGGCGCGGAUCCCGCACCUGACGACUCCGGAUCCGGCUCGGUAAACACUGGCGCCAUCGCCGGUGGUGUGGUGGGAGGCGUUGCAGGCAUAGCCCUGAUCGGCCUGGCCGCGUUUUAUCUCAUGAGACGGCGGAAGCACAAGCGGGCUCCCGGCCAGAAGACCGGCGGCGCCGUAGAAGACCCGAUCUAUCCCCAAGAAAUGGAGCAGUCGUAUUCUCCCAACCCGCCCCCGACGACGUCCGUGGCGCCGUCCGAGCUUCAUGGGGAGUACCGCGAUCACUCGCCGUACUCUAUGGGGGAGGUCCCCAAGAUGAUGCAACCGCCAGAGCUGGACGCGCAGGACCCGCGGUAUGGCCACGCCGCAGAACUAGACGCGUCGGAGACGCGGAGAUGA